CAAAAUGAAAGUCGUCAUCCUGGCUGCUGGUUACGGCACAAGACUUCUUAAAGAUUUACAGGAAGCAAAGGAAGAGCAAUAUGCGAAGCUGGCAGGUGUACCCAAACCAUUACUCCCAAUUGGCAAGCUUCCUCUCAUUUCUUAUUGGGUGGAGGCCUUGAAAGCAAGCGAUGACACACAGAACAUUUUUGUAGUUACUAAUGAAUUAUACUACCGAAAAUUCAAGGAGUGGGCAGAGAAUUACCCUUGUGUACAAGUUAUUAAUGAUGGCACUUCCAGUAAUGAGGAGCGUCUGGGUGCUGUUUCUUGUCUUCAGCUGGCCAUUGACAGAUUUAAGAUAGAUGAUCAUAUCAUGGUUAUUGGAGGGGAUACCUUAUUUUAUGAGGAUUUUCAUCUGCAAAGAGUUUUAGAGAAAUAUGAAGCACUUCAUAAAGUCGAUGAUCAAGCAAACUUAGUAUUAUCAUACAGCUGCAAAGAAGAAGAAAUGAGGAAAUAUGGUAUUCUGGAAACAGAUGAAAACCAAAAAAUCACAGCUUUACUGGAAAAACCUUCAGCCACAGAUACCACAUCGAGACAAGCGUGCCCAUGUUUCUAUGUUUUCUGUAAGCAUACUCUACUACUUGUGAAAGAGUUUCUCAUCGAAAAGAAGGAUGCACCAAUCUCUGAAAAAGAUGCACCGGGCCUUUUUCUUUCCUGGCUUGUAAAAAGAAAACCGGUAUACUGCCACCCAUUAUUUGGUCGGUUUGAUGUUGGAAAUUUGGAAUCCUAUAUAAAGUGUAAUGAUUACUUUAAGGAAAAGAUACAUAUACCCAACUAUCUCCAGUAACUGUCUGUGCAAUGCGAAGGGAAGAAGAACA